AUGACAGAAGAUCAGUCAAACAAUCCUGCUAGUCCCUUCUACCUACAUCCUGGGGAGAAUCCAGGUUUAACAGUCAUUUCUCAGGUUUUAAAUGAAACCAAUUAUUCUUCUUGGAGUAGAAGUAUGAGAAGGGCUCUUCUUUCUAAGAACAAAAUCAAAUUUAUUGAUGGGUCUAUCAAGAAACCCAAAAGAACUAAAAAUCUGUUUGAUUCAUGGGAAAGAUCCAAUAUGAUGGUGCUCUCAUGGAUUAUAAAGACACUUUCUCCACAAAUUGUAGAAAGUGUGAUAUAUGUUGAAGAGGCAAAGGAAUUAUGGGAUGAAUUAAGAGAAAGAUUCUCUAAAGGAGACUACUUUAAAAUUUCUGAUCUCCUUCAAGAUAUCCACUCAAUCAAACAAGGGGAAAAGAGUGUCAACCAGUUUUUUACUGAUCUGAAAAUACUUUGGGAGGAAUUGGAAUCCCUUAGACCCAUACCCAGCUGUACUUGCAAAAUCCCCUGCAGUUGUGAACUCUCCAAGAUUUCUCUAAAGUACAGAGAGAUUGAGCACGUCAUAUGCUUUCUAAAAGGGCUCAAUGACACCUACAGCACUGUCCGUACCCAAAUUCUUUUAAUGGAACCCCUCCCACACAUAAACCGUGUUUUUUCUCUUAUUAUGCAACAAGAAAGGCAAGAAAGACCUGACAUUGCCCACAAUCAGCUUGCUAAAACAACAAAGAUUCUUGCCACUGUUAAUAACAGAGGCAGCAACUGGAACGGAGACCAGACCUGGAAAAAUCAAGGUCGUGGUUCUGGACAAGGAAGAGGCAGAGGCAGAAAUCCUAACUAUGGGAAACAAUGCUCCUACUGCAAUAAGAUGAACCACACAGUGGAUGAAUGUUACUCCAAGCAUGGCUACCCACCUUGGUACAAAAAGACAGACGGGAAUCCUGAAGGCAGGGGAGGUUGGAGUUCAGCCAAUGCUUGCCAAAGUACCUUUGGACCAGAGACAGUACAGAAAGACAGCACAAGCACUACCUUAAGUUCAUUAACAGCACAACAAAUGCAGAAGCUUCUCAAACUGAUUGAGAAAGCUGAUGAGCCCAGUCACAAUGUCAAUCACAUGCAAAGCAAUGAUAAGGAAGGUGAUCCAGGUACUCUCUCUUGGAUUAUUGAUACUGGGGCCACAGAUCAUGUGACCCAUGAGAAAGAAAACUUUGUAACUUUCUAUAAAAUUAAACCCAUAACUGUUAGGCUACCUAAUAAUACUGUUAUUACAGCCAAAUAUGCAGGGACAGUUCAGUUUUGUAGCAGUUUUAUCCUUUUUAAUGUCUUAUACAUUCCAGAUUUUUCAUUCAAUCUAAUCUCUGUUCAAAGUCUUACAAAAGACUUAAAUUGCAGUCUAACUUUUUCCUCUAAGGAUUGCCAGAUAAGGGAGAAUGCUACAUAG